AUGUUUCCUCUCCUGCAAGUUUUGAUGCAUUCUCUUUUAUCUCUGCAGGACUAUUUUGGGGUUUGCACGGAGGCUGCCAUUAAGGACAAUGUAGUUGUAGUCUAUGAGUUACUUGAAGAAAUGCUGGAUAAUGGCUUCCCACUGGCGACUGAGUCUAACAUCCUAAAAGAGCUGAUCAAACCACCAACCAUCCUGCGCACCAUGGUCAACACUAUCACUGGCAGCACAAAUGUAGGGGACCAGCUACCCACAGGCCAGCUCUCUGUAGUGCCAUGGAGACGUACGGGUGUGAAGUACACGAACAAUGAAGCCUACUUUGAUGUGGUGGAAGAGAUUGAUGCCAUCAUUGACAAAUCAGGCUCCACAGUGACGGCAGAGAUCCAGGGAGUAAUUGAUGCUUGUGUUAAGCUGACGGGCAUGCCAGACCUCACCCUCUCAUUCAUGAAUCCCCGCCUUUUGGAUGACGUUAGUUUCCAUCCCUGUGUUCGCUUCAAGCGUUGGGAAGCUGAAAGAAUCCUGUCAUUCAUCCCGCCUGAUGGCAAUUUCAGACUGCUUUCAUACCAUGUCAGCUCUCAGAAUCUUGUGGCGAUCCCAGUAUAUGUCAAACAUAAUAUCAGCUUUCGAGAUGGCAGUUCAAUGGGACGCUUUGAGAUCACCAUCGGACCAAAACAGACAAUGGGCAAAGCAGUGGAAGGCGUACUAGUCACCAGCCAGAUGCCCAGAGGUGUACUGAACAUGAAUCUGACAGCCUCUCAAGGAACAUUCACAUUUGAUCCUGUCACCAAGUUAUUAUCUUGGGAUGUUGGAAAAAUCAAUCCACAGAAGCUACCCAGUUUGAAAGGAACCAUGAGCCUUCAGAGUGGUGCGUCGAAACCUGAUGAAAAUCCCACCAUCAAUCUCCAGUUUAAAAUCCAACAGUUAGCUAUCUCCGGCCUCAAGGUGAACAGGCUGGACAUGUAUGGAGAGAAGUACAAGCCAUUCAAAGGAAUCAAGUACAUGACCAAGGCCGGAAAGUUCCAAGUCCGGACGUAAGACGCUGCUGUGGAGGAAGACCAUGAGAGAGAGGGAGAGGGAGAGGGAGAGCGUGAUUGGACUCCUUCCUCAUCUGCAUGAUUCUCCCCACUAUGUAUGUGGCUCCCAGAGAGAGGAGGCAUUUGUUUGUGCGUAUGUCUGUGUGCGUGCACGCGUGUGUGUGCCGUGUGUGUUAGUGUCCCUGCCCUCCCCUCCCUCCAGCUCAGAGAUGGUUUAUGAUGUCUCAGCUGGUGAAGCACUAAAAGGACGUUGUGAGCAUCUGGGCUCGGUGUGUUUUCUCCUUCCAUUUAGGACCCGAUUGUGUUGUGAACGGCUGAUGGUCACUGAUCUCUCCCAGAUGCACGGCUGGUACCAAUUUCAGCUCAUACUGGAGAUUCUCUCAGGGGGUUCUGCAUCUUUUCAAUAAGUGAGACAUUCCACUUGUCAGAAAAUUUUAAUGCAAUGAAGGACUUCAUUCUUUGUGUUUCCUAUUAAAGCAUAAACUUUUGUGAAUUCCCGUCACUGCACUACCUGCUCGCACACCCUAUUUGCUGUUACAUAAUAUUUCUUUUUAUUAA